CGUGCGUUCUCAUGGAUGCCAGUCAGAUUCGUUUCCACUGAGCCAUGACAGGAACUCCAAACUGUAAGAUACUUGAUGACAGAUAAUGUGAGCCCUACCAUACCUGGCAUGGUGGUUAUAGACUCAAUACAUACUUUAUUAGAAAUGAACUCAUCCCCCUAUGUUCUGGCAUUCAUGGGUCAAAAGAUAUAAAAGAAGCUCUCUGCUUAUGGAGUUAAAAUAUAUACAAACCGUAUUGGCCACAAAGAGGAAGUAUGCCCUGGAGUUGAAACAAGAUCUUUGUGGCACAAAGCUUGAUGGCGGCAGUGGCAGUAAUCACUAUUUCAUCAUUCUGCAAAAUAAGGGUGGUAACAGAAGCAGCAAGUGAAAAGCUGGCUUACACAAUAACAUCUUAGGACCGGACUUUUUCUUCAAAGUUCAUACAUUAGUCUCCUGUGAGUUGGUCGAUGUGAGUCAGUUCUGGAGCAAUCAUUCCAUUCUUGGCAUCCUGAUAAGAUCAGAUUUACGGACCUACAAAGUGGAGGACUGUCUGCUGAGCUCUAGUACUUGCUCUGUAACGGGAAGACAACAUGGGAAGCGGUGGUUCCAAAUCUGAGCCCAACAAAAGUUCUUCCACAGCGGGACAAAAGGUCCCCCCCACCACCACCACUACCACCACCACCACCGCCGCCGCCGCCGCCGCCGCCACCACCACGGCAGCCCCGCGGCCACCGACCUUCAGGGCACCGCUGCAGUUUACCUCUACGCCCUUCCUCUCUGGCCACCCCAACAAAGAACAUCUGGUCUUAGCCUUUUUCGCUGGGGUUGUACUGACGCUGCUGCUGCUGGCCCUGAUCUUCCUCGUCAUGAAGAGCUACAGAAAGUGUCGCGCCAGUCCCCGGGCCCCGGACCCUCCCUCAGAUCCUCCAGCCGAGUGUGCACCCCCCGAGGAGGCCCUUACUUAUGCCAACAUGACUUUCAAAAUCUCAAAAGAAAAGAGAGAUCACCUGACCAUGAGUCAUUCUGCAGACUCAGACCCCGUUGUUUACGCUCAAAUUAAAGAGACAAACUCACCUUGCCUUUCCGGGGAGGCUUGAGUCCCGUGCCUCUCACCUCAGCUUGGGCUUCCUAUGUCAUGUUCCCUUUUAACCCGGACCACACCCUGGCUGAGACCACAGCCGGAGCUGUCUGGCUGUGAUCGGGCAACGCUAGCCAGCAGUUUUCAAGAACAAGGGUCAGUGUUUUUCCUGGCCUGAGAAGAGAUCUCCAACUCUCCUGCCUGGACCAGCAGCCUGUUAGCCCCUGGAUGGCUGGGACUGGCUCCCUGCCCCCUCCCAGCGUGCGUGGUACACAGCUCAGCGUACACAGCGCGUUCCUGCAGCAUCACCGAUCCACUUGGGGGAAGUCAACCAAGGGAACACCCUCGAGAGGAUCACAAAUAAAAGCAACCCCUCUGCAAUGCGGCCUCUUUCUCCAUCGCUGAUGUGUCUGUCCCCAUCCCCUCCGGAGUGACAGGCAGAAAAGCCGAAGGUAUCACCAUGGUACAAACUCUGGAACAAACGCAGGGUUGACUGGGGGCACGGGGCUCGAACCCCACCACUACCUGCCUUCAUUCCCUGGGGUAAGUGGGUUAAGCUUUUAAAGCUUCAGUUUCUUCAUCUUGAAAACAGGACUAAUAGCACGUGUCUCUCAGUGUUCCAAUAAACGGGAUAUCAUAUA